UGUUAUCGAGCAGCAAAUUCACGGCAAUGGGAGUCUACCAUAAUAAAAAAAUAUUUGAAAAAAAGUUUAUAAAAAAUUGUUAAAAUUACCAGUUUGAUCUUAAUAAAUAUUUAAAUUAAAAAUUUUCCAAUAAUAAUUACACAAUGGUGCGAUCAGCUAAUAAUAAUAAUUAUAAUAACCAAGUUGUGAAAAAAUUAUCAAGGCCUGCUCGAAAUAUCAACUUAGUCUUGAAAGCAAUGCGGAAUUUGAGUAAUCCAAAUGGUAGUCCAGUUGGGAAGAUUGUGCAAUAUAUUUCCGCAACAGCUGAUAAACCAGCAUCGAAACGUCAGAUACUCGUGGCAUUAAAACGUGGAGUAGAAUUUGGUUUAAUGGACAGAAGAAGCGGGCGUUACUUCAUCCCAAAAGAUGAGAAACGACAUUUACGUCUAUCACAACAACAGAAUCAUGGAGUAAGAAGAGAAUCGUCAGAGCUACUUGAACGUGAUCUUCGUAUUCGAUCCAGAAAUCCUGAUGGAAGGAAAGAAGCUCGAGAAAGUAGAUCCAAGGAUCCUCCACGCCGAAGAAAAAAGAAAAGCAGUAGGAAGUCUGGACGUAAAUCUGUCAAGAAGACAAGAUUUGCAAGAUCGUUGAAGUCUUACGAGCUGUCAGACUGCUAUAAAAAUCCUAACUACAAAGCUUCUGCUGUUUCGUCUAUCGAUUCACUAGAGUAUUGGCAUUGACUCCCUUUGCCUGAAAUCUAAAUUUCUACGUUUUUUCAAUUAAAAAAAUUUACUGUGUCAUAAAAACUUUUAAUUUGAAUAAUAAAUACGAAACUACUCGGUUCA